GGAUGUAGUUCACACUUUUGAAAAAGCAUUUUCUAAAAAUUUUCAGUUUUCAUUUUUUUGUUUCAUUCUACGCCAAAAUUAUCGUAGAAUUCGGUAGAAAUAGUUAUUUUGACAACCACAUUGAGGUUUAGACACAAUUAACUUGUUUUUCGACAGUAGUCGGAAGUUUAUUCCUUAGCAACGACUUUUUAGCGUUGCUAAGGAGCUCAUUUUUGUGUCUUUUUGUAAGAAAUUACCCCCAAGCCUGCAGGCUUUCCCUGUGGAAUGAUAAACAUCUUAUGAACACCCUGUGGUAGCCUCUUUUGCGAUCAGAGGCUGAGAAACACGCCAAAUCCGCACACUUUACAGUCACUUAGAUGUUGGAUUGCGAAACGGAAUACAAAUUUAUUCUGAUAAUGCCUUUAUUGAAUCGAUUUUAUAAGUAAAACAUGCCACCGAAUAAAAGAAGGGCUCUAGCAAGUAGAGUUAAGAGGAAAAGGAGGUUUUUUGGCAUUCGCAAGCAGGAUAUUGCUAGUAGACUUGAAUCUGACACUAGGCCUAGUGACGAUGUGGAGCCCAGUUCGUCUUUCACACCAAUGAGCUCAGUUCAAUCUAGGACAGCACAAAAAUUGUUGAAUUCAUCGUUUGAAGAACUAAAUGAUAGUAUGAGGGUGCUUACAAGAAGAUCAUCGAAGAAAAUGGGCCUUUCUAAGCAAAAGCAAAUUGAACAAGCUGAUGGUUUCACUAUUAUUGAUCUGUCUCUGCUCCAAGAAGCUUUGCAAUCCUCUACCAAUUGUAGAGCUUGUAAAAGAUCAGAUUCUCAGUUGAAGAUCUUGAAGGAUAGCAGAAAGAAGCAUGGGCUUGCUGAGACAUUGAUCAUUAAGUGUUCUUGUUGCUCAGCAGAGACAAUCUUCCACACCAGCAAAAAGUUAGACAAAGGUAAAUUCGAAGUAAACACAAGAUCAGUCAUGGCAUGCAAUUCUUUGAAAGGUGGACGCAAAAUUCUUUCAAAUUUUUGUGGAAUGAUGAAUUUACCUUCACCACUAACUAGUGCUUCCUAUGCAAGGCAGUUGAAGUCUUCUGCCAAAAUUUCAAGAGAAGUUGCUGAAAAACAGAUGAAGGAUGCAGCAAAUCGUCUUAAGAAAAGUGUUUUGGAACAGAAUCCCAAUGCCUAUCUAGAUGAUAUGGAUAAUACUAUUUCUGUUGCUGUCAGUGUUGAUGGAACAUGGCAAAAACGAGGAUACUCUUCUAAGUAUGGAGUCGUUGUUGUGGUUCUAAUGGAAACUGGCGAGGUUGUCGAUUUUGAAGUAUUGUCAAUGCAUUGCCAUGAAUGCAGAAAACAUCAACAUGAAAAUAAAGAUAGUGAAGCUUUUAAAAGGUGGAAAGCAAAUCACGAUGCCUCUUGUCAAAUAAAUUAUGAAGGGUCAUCUGGUGGUAUGGAAGGAAUUGGUGCAGCCAGAAUUUUCCUAAGAUCAAUUGAAGGAAGGGGAUUAAAAUAUACAACUUUUAUUGGAGAUGGUGACAGUGACACCUUCAAGGUUGUGAGUAAGGAAUUGGAAAGAGCUUAUGGAAGCAGGUAUCAGGUUGUAAAGGAGGAAUGCAUAGGACAUAUACAGAAGCGUAUGGGAAAUGCCCUAAGAACACUUCUGAAAGAAAUGAAAGGUAAAAAGAUGUUAGAUGGGAAAACAAUAGGUGGUAAAGGGAGAUUGACAAAAGAAAGAAUUGACAGUUUCCAAAGGUAUUUUGGUAAUUCCAUAAGAGCCAACAGAGGUAACCUGGUUCAGAUGCAGAAUGAUGUUUGGGCAAUUUUUCACCAUUCAGUCAUGCCAGCAACAGCAUCUACCCUUAAUGAUCAGCACAAAUUUUGCCCUAAAGGCAAAGACUCUUGGUGCAAAUUUAAUGCAGAGCUAAUUACUGGCAAGAAGAGUUAUGAUGGAAGCAAAAGAUUACCAAGCUCCUUUUUUGACAUUUUAGAGCCUAUCUUCAAAAGAUUGACAUCAAAGGAUUUGCUUGAGAGAUGCCUGAAAGGUGUAACGCAAAAUGCAAAUGAGAGUCUAAACCAUAUGAACUGGGAAAGGUGUCCCAAAGCAACCUUCUGUAGCAAAGUUAGAAUAGAGUCUGCAGUAUCAGAAGCAGUUUGCUGUUUUAACACUGGUGCUGGAUCAAGGGCACUAAUGUUAAAAGAAGCUGGAAUUGAGGAUAUUGGAGAGGAAUCUUUGAAGUCUCUUCAGAAGGAAGACCACAUUCGCCAAAUUUCUGCAGCACAGAAAGUCACUUCAAAGUAUAAAAGUUGGCGAAUAAGUAGAAAAAGGACCAAAACUAACAUGAAAAGAUCUGAAAAAGAACAUUAUGAACCUGGGGCCUUUGACAGUAGAGGUGAAAAGCCAAUCUCAACUAAAAGAAGAAAGAGAAAUCAGUACUCUGAUUGCAACAAACAAAAUAAAGUUGACCAAUCUGUUUCUGAUGACGUAAUAACAGACAUCCCAAUAACAUUUGCAGUUCCUUUGGAGAAUAUAGUGAACAUUUGAAAACUUAUUAGCAAAAUAAGUAUAUUAAAAUAAUGCUUAGUCUUUUUUAAGCAAAACUGGGGGUAAAUAUGAAGUUAUGGCCCCAGAUAGAUCCAAGAAUAUUGAAAAAAGAUAGCCAAAACUUUAAAGUCAAUUUUCUCAAAAACACUGUUUUUAGGAAUCAUGAAAUUGGGCAGGAGAUAACUUUUACAUAUGAUAAGCAAUCUUCUUGAAAUUUUCACAGUCUGUAGCAAAUAAUAUGAAAAGUGGAAUGAAUAAAGGAAUUUUUCAAAUUUCAAAUAUGGUAGCCGUUACCAUGGAAACAUGGUUUUUUGCCAUUAUUUCCUUUUUAAGUGAAAAUUUUCAGGAAUUGUCUAUUCAUUGCACACAUGCACUCAAGUGGAAUACACAGUAAAAAUUUGAGCUGAAUAGGAGAUUCCAUUAAAAAGUUAUCGACUGCCCAAGAAAAAAAGAGCGCGUCGUUAAAAUUUGCAUUAAUUAGCAUAAUUAAUAUUUUUCUUAAAAAAAUCUUAAUUUUCAAUUGCAUCAUAUCUUCAACUUUCACUCUUGAAAAGUUGAAUGUGUUACAUGAAGGAACCUUUCAUUUAUGUCCAUAUGUGUCUGCCUCAGUGCAAGUUUUUAAAAGUGUGAAUUACUACCUUAAGGGCUAUCAUUGAGGAUAUGGGAAUACGAGCGACAAAGGAGUGAAGGUACGGGGUAUCCUUUGUCGCAUUGUCUGUAAAUUUUGACGAAUCCAAGGGGCUGCAUCACCCCCAGCCCCCUCCCCUUAUACACCUGUGAAUGAAAAUGUAUCUUUUGAUAGGCCUUAAUUGUUGAAACAAAAUCCUAUAUCUUCAGGAAGGGUUGGAUUUGAAAGAAUGUAUGAAAUUCAAGAGUAACAAUCAAAUGGACCACAAA